UUUAUUGGUAAGAGGGGAAAACAGUACUUGUAUUGUUAACGUUUAAUUUUAACUAGCCUUGAUAAUGCAAUACAACCUAAUACUGAUUAAUUUGCUGCGUAAAGGAACACUUAAUACUAAGCUAUAAGUAUGGAAUUUUAUUUAAGUAUUUGAUUUGUUGUAGCUGAGCUUUGAUGACUUGAUUCUGUAUAUUACUUGAGUAUUCUAAAAGUUGAGAUUUAGUACGAUAGAAAUAGUUAGUGGUGCGUUUAUUUAAAAUGUGUUAAAUAUAUAUACAUAUAUAUAUAUUAUUUUCUUAAAAAACAAUAAAUAGAAUUUUAGGUCAGGAAUUUCGAGAUAAUUGUUAGCAUCAAAACUACAUUUUAAUUAAAAUUUUAUUUAUUCUACAAUAAUGGACACGCUUACUGAUCAAGAGAAAAAUCUAACGAAACGGAGAAUGGUAACAUUGGUCUCGUUUUUCUUGCUCGGACUUUGCAACAAUUUUGGGUAUGUGGUUAUGUUGAGUAGUGCUCAUGAUAUACUCGAUACGCUAUCACAUUCCGGUAACGAAACAAGCAAUUCUACAAAGUAUUUUGAUGGAUAUGUUCGUGAAUGUAAUCGUCUUUCAACUGGGGUAAUUCUCUUGGCUGAUAUCAUACCUGGUCUUUUGAUUAAGACUAUAUCCCCAUUUUUAGCUUUAUAUAUUAAUCGAAGAAUGGUCUUUUGUAUUACAUUAACGUUUGCCAGUUUUUUUAUCGUAGCUAACGCUAAAUCCGAAUUAAUGGCCACAAUUGGCGUAGCAUUAACAUCCAUGUCCUCAGGUUUAGGCGAGCCUACUCUAUUAGCUUACAUGAGCUACUUUGAUCGAAGUACAAUAACUGCUUGGUCAUCGGGAACUGGAGGAGCAGGAAUAUUGGGUUCAUUGACUUAUGUCACAUUAACCAGCUUCUUUGGUUUAUCUCCUACCAUAACCAUGUACUUAAUGUUAAUUGUUCCCAUUGUGAUGGCAGUAACCUUUUGGGUAGUGUUGGAACACCCUAACACUGACGAAGUUAAAAUUAUUAAUAAUGAUUCAAGAGAAUCGCUUACUAACUCUAGCAUAACAAACAAGUUGGCUGAAAAAUUAUCAUACAUACCAUCAUUGGCUAAUUUCAUGAUUCCGUUAUGUCUUGUAUAUUUCUUUGAAUAUCUUAUCAAUCAAGGAUUAUUUGAAUUGAUAUACUUCAAAAACAUUUCAUUUUCACACAAUGAACAAUACAGAUGGUAUCAAGUACUUUAUCAAGUCGGAGUUUUUAUAUCUCGAUCAACUGUAAGUUUUUUUCCGAUUGAAAAACUUUGGAUAUUGGCGUUGUUACAAGCAAUCAAUUUUAUAUUCUUUUUAUUUCAAUCGUUGUAUUCAUUUACGCCAAGCAUUUACAUAAUUUUUGCACUCAUUGCUUAUGAAGGUUUACUAGGAGGUUCAGGAUACGUUAAUACAUAUCAUAAUAUUGCAAAAAAGGUUCCCAAAGAAAAGCAAGAAUUUGCAAUGUCGAUAACAUCUUUAUCUGAUUGUCUAGGAAUCACUCUAGCUGGAUUUGCAGCUAUGCCAAUACACAAUACAAUAUGUCAAAUUCCUAAUUAAAAUUAAUUAUUUACGAAUUAAGAUAACUGGUAAUAUAUUUUAUUAUGUUAUGUAUAUUUUUAAUUUUUGUAACAAUUUUAAAUGUUACUUAAUUUAUUUUUUAUUUUAAACUAGUUUUUUUUUAACACUUGUAUGGUUUAGUAAAGUAUGACUACUAAAAGGAGCAAUGUUCCCACAACUCAUUGUCUUAAUCGAUUUUUUACCAUAAAAUAAGAUAUUAUAUUUAUUGUAAAUACAAUAAUAAAACGAUUUUUUCACAAAAUUUAUAGAGUUUAAAUUUAUAUUAAAAUAUAAUA